CCGCUCCUCGGGGAGGGGAGAUCUCGCUUGGGCAUGGCCCAGUGCUGGGCACCGGCGAGGGUCGUCGCAGGCGCCCGCCGCGCCUUUUCCUCUCCCGGGGUCGGCUUCAUUUUUGUCCGAGUCCCUGCUGUGCCUUGACCCAGAUCGCUGGCUGCUACUGGAGUUCCCUGCAGGAAUCCCGUGUCCCUCGCUGCACAGGAUAGCUCCUGAGAGGAGCUCCCGCCGGCACCUGACAGCUCAUGGCACGUCAUAGUUCCCUCAGUUGCUGCUGAGGCCAGACACAGCUCAUGGCACACACCAUCUGUUGGGUCUCUGGACCAUAGUGAUGAGGAAGCCUCGAAGGAGGUCCCGACAGAACUUGGAGGGGAGGCGUUCUCCCUCGCCCUACAGCCUCAAGUGCUCCCCGACUCGGGAGACUCUGACAUAUGCUCAGGCCCAGCGGAUCGUGGAGGUGGACAUCGAUGGGCGGCUUCAUCGCAUCAGCAUCUACGAUCCCUUAAAACUCAUCACAGAGGAUGAGUUGACUGCCCAGGACAUUACUGAGUGCAACAGCAACAAGGAAAACAGUGAGCAACCCCUUUUGCCUUCCAAAUCUAGGAAAACACCUUCUAAAGGCAGGAAGAAGGAGUCCUUCUCCAAACAUGCACCAGGGACGUCUUUACACUUACCCCAGCCCAACUUCCGUGUGCUGGACUCUUUCAGCCAGCCAGAUGCCCCUCCUCUUCCUGCUGCCUACUACCGGUAUUUGGAAAAGCCUCCUGAAGACCUCGAUGUAGAAGUGGAGUAUGACAUGGAUGAGGAGGAUCUGGCAUGGCUGGAAAUGGUCAACGAGAAGAGAAGGGCUGAUGGUUAUGGAACAGUUUCUGCUGACACUUUUGAGCUGCUGGUGGAUCGAUUGGAAAAGGAGUCGUACCUUGAGAGCCGGAACAAUGGGGCUCAGCAGUCCCUCAUCGAUGAGGAUGCCUUCUGCUGUGUCUGCAUGGACGAUGAGUGUCACAACAGUAAUGUCAUUCUGUUCUGUGAUAUCUGCAAUCUGGCCGUGCACCAGGAAUGUUACGGUGUGCCCUAUAUCCCUGAGGGGCAGUGGCUUUGUCGCUGCUGUUUACAGUCCCCUUCUCGCCCUGUGGAUUGUGUCCUUUGCCCGAACAAAGGGGGAGCCUUCAAGCAGACUAGUGAUGGCCGCUGGGCUCACGUGGUUUGUGCCAUCUGGAUCCCAGAGGUCUGCUUUGCAAACACUGUUUUCCUGGAGCCCAUUGAAGGGAUCAACAACAUCCCUCCAGCUCGGUGGAAGCUCACAUGCUGUAUCUGCAAGCAGAAGGGCAUGGGAGCUGCUAUUCAAUGCCACAAGGUGAACUGUUACACUGCUUUCCAUGUCACCUGUGCCCAGAGGGCUGGUCUCUUCAUGAAGAUUGAACCCAUGAGGGAGACCAGCAUCAACGGCACGACAUUCACUGUGCGCAAGACUGCCUAUUGUGAGAGUCAUUCCCCGCCUGGGAUGGUAAAAAAGGGGUCUCCAGCUGCUAGUGGUGAUGGGCAGGAGGACACUGUGAAGGAGAAGGGAGAGGAGGAAGCCAGUUCUGCCCCUCCCAAAGGGUCUCUGAAAAAGAACCAAGUGAAAUUGAAGCAAAAGAUCAAAAAGGAGCCUGGUGAUGUGACCAAAUGGCGUUCAUCUGUGCCCAUGGUGACCAUCACACAAAUUCCCUCUUACAGGCUGAACAAAAUUUGCAGCGGGCUCUCCCUCCAGAGGAAGAACCAGUUCAUGCAGAGGCUCCACAACUACUGGCUGCUGAAGCGGCAGGCGAGGAAUGGGGUGCCCCUGAUCCGGCGCCUGCACUCACAUCUCCAAUCCCAGCGGAACACAGAGCAGAAGGAGCAGGAUGAGAAGACCAGUGCAGUGAAGGAAGAGCUGAAGUACUGGCAAAAACUGCGGCAUGACUUGGAGCGGGCUCGACUGCUCAUUGAGCUGAUCCGUAAGAGGGAAAAACUCAAACGGGAGCAGGUCAAGGUUCAGCAGGCUGCUAUGGAGCUACAGCUGACCCCUUUCAAUGUCCUUCUGCGCACAACACUGGAUCUACUGCAGGAGAAGGAUGCUGCCCAGAUCUUCACAGAGCCUGUUAACCUGAAUGAGGUUCCAGAUUACCUGGAAUUCAUUUCCAACCCAAUGGAUUUUUCCACCAUGAGGCGGAAGCUGGAGUCCCACCUGUACCGAACAUUGGAUGAGUUUGAGGAAGACUUUAACCUUAUAGUUACCAACUGCAUGAGGUAUAAUGCUAAAGACACGAUUUUCCACCGAGCAGCUGUCCGGCUCAGAGACUUCGGAGGAGCGAUAUUGCGUCACGCACGGCGGCAGGCUGAAAGCAUUGGCUUUGACAUUGGUGUGGGGAUUCACCUGCCUGAGUCACCCAAAACUGAGGACUUUUACUGCUUUUCUUGGGAGGAUGUGGAUAACAUCCUCCUCCCGGAGAACCGAGCUCACCUGUCCUUGGAGGCCCAGCUGAAGGAGCUGCUGGAAAAACUAGAUAUAGUGAGCACCAUGCGGUCCAGUGGUGCACGGACACGACGCAUCCGGCUCCUGAGACGGGAGAUCAACUCCAUUCGGCAGAAACUGGCCCAGCAGCAGAACAAGACCAUGGCCAAGGGGGAGACUGUGCUGCAGGACCAGAGGCUGGAGAAAACAUCAAGGGAUGAGGAUGAGGAAAGGGAGAAAGCAGAUGAUGCCAAGCCCCCGCACCCUCCAACCCUGGAGCCCACAGGACCUGUACCCUCCCUCUCGGAGCUAGACUCUCUGCAGGACCCUCCAACACUCAAACCCAUUAGUGAAAGUAAGUCCUUGAAUCAGCUGCAGAAGAGGGUGGUGUUGGACAGGGAGCUCUUUGACAAGAAGGCUCUGCAGCGGGAGAGCCAAGCCUUCCAGCGCCUGCUCACCAACAACAGCCUGAAUGGACUGGCCUUGUCGCCUGCAGACACCCCUGCCAGCCCCUCCUUCAGCAGCGUGGGCCGACGAACAUCUGUCCUUUUUAAAAAAGCUAAGAACGGGGUGAAGCUGCAGAGAGGUCUGGACUGCUCCCUGGAAAACAGGGAGGACCGCAGGCAGAGCGGGCAGCUUUCACCCUCCUGCCCUGAUGGGGAGCGACAAGCUCGGAAGCGGCCACAGAGCAGAACCUGCAAUGAGAGCAAUCGAGAAAAGUCACCCAGGCAGGCAGGACAGAGAGGAGUGACUAAUGGCUUUGCAAAGCAUGCAGAAAGUGGCUCUGACUUCGAGUGCAGCUCUGCCCUGGGCAGUGGACUGGUGUUUGAAUCCUGCAGUGGUUUGAUGCCUCCUAAGCGCAGUCGAGGAAAGCCGGCUCUUUCUCGGAUGCCCUUCGUGGAAGGUGUGAAUGGAGAUCCUGAUUUCAGUGGCUCAGGCAGAACUCUCUUGAUGUCCUUUGAGAGUCAGGCUGAGCUGGAGCCCUUGGAGCUUGUGUGGGCCAAGUGCCGUGGCUAUCCUUCCUACCCUGCCUUGAUAAUCGACCCCAAGAUGCCGCGUGAGGGUUUGCUUCACAAUGGAGUCCCCAUCCCUGUCCCGCCCAUGGAUGUGUUGAAGUUGGGGGAGCAGAGGCAGACAGAGGCAGGAGAAAAGCUCUUCCUUGUCCUUUUCUUUGACAACAAGAGAACCUGGCAGUGGCUUCCACGUGACAAAGUCUAUCCCCUUGGUGUUGAUGACACAGUGGACAAGUUAAAGAUGAUGGAAGGACGAAAAACCAGCAUCCGCAAGUCUGUGCAGGUGGCAUAUGACCGAGCCAUGAUCCACAUGAGCCGAGUGCACGGAGACCAUCCCUUCAUUACAUCCAGUUACCUGUAAAGGAUUGGGGUGGCUGGACCUCGUUUUCCCCCCAGACCUUGUGCUCACUGCAUUGGCAGAGUGGACCAUCUCAUGCACUGACUGGCAGGGGAACACCGUUCCCAGCAGCUUUCAGCAGUCCUCAAAGUACCCUGAAAUGUGCCAAAAAAAACUUGUCCAGCUUCUUUCUGAAUGUAUCUGCUGAAGAGCUGGCAAGAGACGGAAAUGUGUAGUCUGCAGGGCUGGGAGUAAGGUAGUUAGCAAAAGCUGACCGCUGAUAGGAGCCAAGGUGAGUUGAUGCAGUGAGCAGAGUGCAGCACUUGGAUGUUUGGACCUCAUGCACCCUCCCUUGCCCCUGCCUCCCCUGUGCUGCCAGGGUUUGUAAGUGGUCAGCUAGCCUGGAGUAGUUCCUGGGAACCUGCCACCACUGUAACAGAACCAGGAUCCUUUACGGAAAUCCCAACUUGACUUUCUUGUGCCAAAUUUACCCAAACCAUCAUUGGCCUUUUCAUUUUUCUUUAAACGAUAUUGUCCCAUCAUAUAAAAAAACCCCACAAAAUGAUAGCUGGGAGUUCACAUUAUGAUUUUCCUGCCUAUGUACAUAGUGUUUUCAUGUUUAGAUUUCUCUCAUUGCCUUUAGAAAAGCUUGAGAUAUAUCGAUGACCUUUCCCCCCCUUGCAGCACACAGUUACAUGCACAGAUGCACAGAGCUUUAAAGAUGAAAAGCAGAUUACCUGAUCUGUGUGUAUAUGUAUGUCCUAGAAAUUUAUUUUGUAUCUGUGAAUCUGCUGUUACAUUUUAUAUCAUGACUGUGCAGUACGGAAUCUAAGCAAGGAUAACUUCCUUUUUUUAAGAAGUAAAAGUAAUUUUGAAGGUGUCUAAGUAGAGUUGAAGCAGCUCUGCAGGUACUGAGGUUGAUCAGGGUUGGAGGGAGAUACAUCUUUUGUGUUGGUUUAUGCACAUUUGGUGUAAGGCUCCUCUUCCUUUCUUCUCUCUUUUCUGUCUCUUGAAUGUUUUCUUCUGAUGCAGUUCGGGUUGAAACCAAGUGCUAACGAAAGCACACAACCAUUUUGCCAUUUCCCCUUCUCCCAUGCAGACAUAUCCUUUCCUUGGUGUGUGGGUCUCCAGCAUUGUCAUUCAUCCAAAGCCAAGUAAACCCAGCUCUGCAGACAAUCCCUGUUGUUCUGUGUUUGCAUUGCAAAACACAGGGACAAACUGAUGUCUGGAAACUUGAUGGCAAAAUCUUUUCUGUUAGCCAAGGACUUUAUGAUUUCUCUGAUCUAUUCUGUUGCUUAUCUCUUUUUGCUUUCCCAUUUUCAAGAACCAAAGGUGCAAAGUAAGAUUGUAGAUUGAAUAUCACUUUGCUUUUUAACUCAAUAUUUUUAAAUUAUUUUUAACCUUUUCAUACUAAAGAGAAUGAUAAUGAAUAGUGGGGAGUAAUCACUGCCAUUUCUAUAUGGUCUACUUUUUUAAAAUGCCACUUCUUAUGCACUGGGGCAUGGAACCACAGUUGAAGGAAUUUUAAGAUUCCUGCAACAUAUAGAGGUAGGACAUAGGUUUGUAAGAAUACUUAUAGUGAUAAUAACACCUAUGGAGUGUGGCUAGGGAAGGAUGUUGUGUAUAUAGUUGUAAAAUGUUCUAAAUUAUUCAGACCUAUUGUCACUAUUCUUGAAGUCCUCAGUUGUGUUGCUGGGUCUUUUAUAUGCACACAGUGUAAUUUAUUUAAAGGAACAUACACUUUUCUAGGUGGUAGCUCAGCUGUGGACUUGUGACCUGUGUAUAUGCUUUAAGGUCUUGGGAGGUGUUUUUUUUCGUGUUUGUUUGUUUUGGUUUGAUUUUUUGUUUUGGUUUGGUUUUUGUUUUUUUUUUUAAAUUACAUUUUAGAAUUUGAAUUGGCUAAUGUCCUGCUGUUGCUACGGAACUUAAAUGUUACUGUCAGUCUGCUGUAAAGCACAGAUUGCUGUAUUUAUUGUAGAAAGUGAGUUUAUUUGAUUUCUAGAAUUGUUUAUAUCAGAUGGUAUAAGAGGGGUAAUAAGAAAAUCUAUGCUUGUAAAGAAAAGAAAAACCUAAUUUUACCUUCUAUAAUCUGACUGUCUGAGACUAUAUUUUCUCUCUGAGAAAUAAAUGUUCUAAUGUAUGAAAAAAACCAAAA